UAUUGGGUAAAUAAAUAACCUUUUUUUUUUUUUAAAUAUUAUAAGUGGUAACAUUUAAAAAAACGUCCCAAACUCGCUAAAUGAUGUCCGCCUGGGGUGACAGUUCUGCAAAAUAAUAUUUUGUUGCUUCUUGCUUGGUGGUAAACAGCUAAUCGCGUUUUAAAAUUAGCUACAAUAAAUGUAACAAGUAGCAUUGAAAUAAAAUAAGCGCGAGAUAAACAUUCGCUUGCUAAAGCGACCAGGCCAUCUUUCAUUGGCCCGGGUUUCUCAUACCAGACGUUGCUAAUGCAACGUUGUACCGGGUGAGCUACCUAGCAGGUUUACUAUCAGGAGACCUACAGAGAAACUUCAGAAAAAAAUUAUACAUAUCAAACAGGUUAUGUUAUGAGGACAUCAAAAUGCAUUCGUUUACAAACCAUACACUAUGAUAAGUCUUUUGAGUUCUUAAAAGGUGUGUAAUAAUAAAUAUGAACUGGCCAUUUUCCACUGUAAUAAUGUGUGCGAACAGAAGCUAGAAAAUGCACUUAAUUAUAUGUAUAGCUAAAUAUAUAUUGGGCUGUUUUUCCAAUGAGCAUUACAAAAUUUAUAUAAAAAAAAAAAAAAAAAAAAAAAAAAAAAAAAAAAGCUAAAUUUGUGGACUUUUGUCUAUUCUUGAUAAUCUUACCAGUAAAUUAUUAUUUGUGUGGUAAUUAGUGCUUAUCAGUCAUUAUAUCGCAUUUAUUCUACCUCAAAUCUACGGACUCACUCCAUCACAUGCCAUAUAAAUGGAUAUUCAUUUAAAUGCAAUAAAUUUUUCUGGGGUGUCGCAGCAGUGCAAGCAUAUUAGCCUGAAUGGACAAUGUUUGCAUAUCUGAACACGCUCGUCUCGUUCCCCCAUCACCAGUCGAUCUAUUGAUCCGGUCUGGGUGUACACGAGCUGCAAUGCGUGAAUGGAAAAGGGAAACAUUAAGGUCAGCUCGCUAUUGCUAAUGGCUAACACACUAGCCUACAUUGUUAGCACAAAAAAAAAAAAAAAAAAAAAAAAAAAAAAAAAAAAAAAAGUGUCUUAUGGUACAAAGACGCGAUACACUUCGUUUGACCCUUGGUUUCUAAAGUGUUUGCAUAAGAACAAACAAUUAAACUGCUCAACUUCAGCCAGCGUGAUCAGCUGGCCUCAAUAAGCAUAAACCAUACAGUUAAACUCUGACUUUGUGCUAAUGCUGAUGUCUUUUCUCAGGGCUGACAAAAUGAUAUCUAUGAGCAAACAAAAGACUGAAUCACUUAGUGUGCGAGUACUGGAGGACAGGGUGGGAAGAUGUCUCCAUCGCUCUUUGCCGUUUAAGGGCGGAGAGAAAAAAAAAAAUAAUAAAAAUGAUCGCACUGCAAAGCCUGAGGCUGAAUCAGAUGUGACCGAGUACUGACUUGCCAUGGAUUCUGCAGGCAGGGCAAAUGGUGGCCAUUUUAAUGCACUGGCAUCAAUAAAGAAAUAUGCCAUUUUGUAUUUAAAAACAUUAGUUUGAUUUUUUUUUUUCCCCUUGGCAGCAUCAUGACUAUUAUUACUGAAGGAAAUAUGGUGCAGACAUAAUCAUCUAUAAAAAAUGUUGUAAAACGGUUGCUUUUUAUUACAACUGGAUCAUUUUAGGCAACGCUUUAUAAAUGGACUCCUCAAGCAUGAGGGGAAAAAGGUGGCCAUGUUAGCUUUUGUAUGCUGUAACUGCAUAACAGUACUUCGAUUUGAACACCAAUUCAGAAGAACGAUCUAUUUUUAGGUGCCUGGUAAAAGUGUUGACUUGCUAUGAUUUGAAAAUGAAGAUAUUAAAACAACGAUACAGAUACAAAAUGUCACAAGGAGUGUCUUUUCAAGGAUUCUUGCUGAUAGGCAUCGUCUUGGUGUCACUAAGUGGCGUCUUUAGAAAAUACUCAUUUGAGGCCUGCUCUUCACAGACGAUCCACAUACAACAUUUAGCUUUUUUUUUUUUUUUUAAAUAAAUAACAGUAUUGGCGUUUAAAUGUUAUUAUAGUAACUUACAACAUGGCAUAAAAAACAAUAUGUAGUUAUUAAAGUAAAUUAUAUUCAACUGAAAUUGAUUUUUACAUAUAAAACUGCUUAAAACGGCGUAUACGUGAAAGAGCUGAACUAUCAGAGCGUAUAUAACGUUCGCUACGUCACUUCCUAAAUCUGUAACAUUCCACUGAAACGUUCAAUGACCAGCAAAACCGAUUGUAACGUCACACACCGAGCAAAAGCUACGGAGAUUUCCUCACCAGAGGUGAACGAAUUACAUAAGGAUGUCCUUACCCAACCAAAUCAGGAAACACACUUUAGCAGACACGUUGGCAUCUAUGCAGCAAUAAAAAGGACUGACGUGAUUGUACUUCAAUAACUAUUUUUUUUUUUAUUCAUUCAACAUGUCUCUGCCUCGUCGGAUUAGAUUUUUCUUCAGAGAACUUUAAAUACAGAGAUUACACUCGCGCCGAUUUGCGCCCUCGAGUAAAGGCUUUAGUAGGCUGGAAGUUUGGCCGAUAUAAUGGAAUGAAACUUAUGUAAUGACCUCCGCCCGGUACCUAACAUAUUCGAUGGUGGCCUGUUCUAAUGGUGUAAUCGUUCGUUUUAUCGCUGAUAUAACGCGCAAUUCGUACCUCCGAAGAAUCUGAUUUUUUUUUCCGCCCCACCUAAGUGAACUGCCUCGCCUUUCCCCGGAGCUAAUAAAGCUGCUCCAUCUAAAACCCGACAGAAGCAGGCUGCGGAUUAGAUUGACUACGAAGCUGGUUAAUAUCUGAAAAGUUGUUUAACAUAAACGCUCACCUCGCUGGUGAAGUGAUUCCUCCGUUCUCGCCUCUCACGUUUACCGGUGUCUGCGAUCAGCUGGCAAAGGGAGUGACGCGAUUAGUAACAGCUGGCUGCUGGAUCUGCGACGUCAAGGGUUCGCUAUGACGACUGUCUUCCGUAGAUUAUGAGUGACGUCCAGUUCAGCCAACGUUAAGCCUCGACUCCCAAGAAAAGGGGCGGGACUCAACGGGUCCCGACCAAUUAAAAUGUGCCCUGCUCAGGGACGAGCCGUUUCCAGCCAAUCAUCUGUACGUGUGAAAGUUUACUUCACGUCGCCCAAAGUUAUUUUCCCCUAAUGUUAAUUUUAAUAAAAUAAUAAUUUCAACAUGUAAGGUGUGCACACAAUAAAACAUUUAUUAUAAAGGUAUGAGAAAAGCACAAGUGCUGUUAUAAAAAUAUAUUGCUUUACAAUAACAAAAAGGUCUGAAUCUGUAAAACAAAAUGUCAGAAAAGUGUUUCUACUUAUGAUUCCUUUAUUGCUGUUGCCAAGUCUGGCUGCACAGCACCAUGUUAUUCUCUCUAACUGAUGGCCUUGUUCUAAGUAUAGGGUCAGCGUCGGAGCCAAAAACAGGUCGUAUGAUCACUUUUGAGUGGAAUAUAGUAUUCGCACUUUGCACUUCUAACGCUGCUAGGUUUUGUACAAAUGUAAUGUAAUGCUUUUUAUAUACAGGUUAAUAAAAUGCGUGAUCAAAUUAUCUAGAUGUUAUACGUACUCUAUAUCGCAUUGCAAGUAGUAAAUAUCUACUUUUUUCAUGCAUGCAUGCGCGAACGCCAGACAGGAGGAGCUUUGUUUCCAUGGAGAUGCGUCCUCACGCUCAAACGACCUUCAGGCUGAUACAACGCUGAGUUUUGCGUUACUAGUUUAUGCUGUAAACGUUACCAAUUAAUAAUGUAAGAAUGUCUCUUUCGAUACGAUGAAAGUACUUUGAGGUAACGUUAAUUUGAAACGAAUAUAGUGCGUCGGCAAGCAAUGUGUUGAAGCAUGGCAUCGUUUACAGUCAGGCGGAUUAAAGGCGAUUCUCAAGCAAUAAACAUGCGAGAGGAGAUUUCAGUUAAAAAAGAGUUUCACGUCCCACCUUUGACUGCCACAAUGAAAGACAGCAAAAAGAAAAGGAAAGACACAACAAAAGAGAAAAAGAAAUCGAGGAAUGGCAUUAAUCAUUUCAGGAAUUCAGAGAAACUCCAGACAGAACAGUGGACCAACGAAGAGAUGAGUGAUGCUCAGAGGAAAGCUCAGGCCAAAGCCAAAGAACGUAAGAGCAGCAAAUCCAAAAAUCCCAAGAGCGUUUCAGAAGGGAUUCCAACAGAGGAGGACAAAUCUGAAUUGACUAAUGUUGAACAGGACAGCUUGAGGUGGGAAGGAGCCCUUGAAGACCCCACUGCAGAGGCCCAACGAUUGGAGGUCUACAGAGCCAACCGUCGUAAACGUUAUAUGGCAUCAAGACAGGCUUUUCUACAAAAUAUUCAGACUGGUUUAAACUUAGAUUCAAACACUUCAAAACUAAACACACGAAACAAGCCGGGAGUAUUAAUAUGAAGAAUUUAUAUCAUGAAAGUCUAUCUGUAUAAAUGGGUUGUGUUCAAGAGUGUUUUUGGCAUUUUAACAUAAUUAUACUGGGAGUGUUCUUUAGACCUGAAUGCGCAAUACAAUUUUUCUUGUAUGUGGAUACUUUAACGUGGAGAGCACUGCAACAUUUUGUGCUCAUACUGAUCUCUGGAUGCAUCCUAUGUUCAGUUCAUCUAUUUGAGCCUCUACUGAAUCUGUUUAGCAUUGUUGUCAUCUAUUACUACAAUAAUCAUGUUUGUUUUUUAUCAAGGACAUUGAUAAAAAAGUCUGACCUAUACCAUUUUUGACUGGUAUAGUUGACUGUAAUUGGUUUAUGACCUCAAAAUAAAUCUAAAAAAGCACAUCAAAAAGUGCUACAUCAAAAAGUCACAUCAAGUGCACAUCAAAAAUGGGAUAUAAUUCCGCAAAGAUCUGCAAUACCAAUACCUGCAGCUUUAA